AUGAAUGAAAUUAGUGGUAGGCAAAAAAGAUGCUCAGGUUUCCUCCCCCAAACGAUUAUAGUUGAUAACAAACAUAUAUGCGAAUCUAGAGCUAUAGCUCAUGAAUUUAAUAAAUUCUUUGUUAACAUCAAUUCUAAACUAGCAAAAAAAAUUCCUUAUACAAAUGCUACAUUUAAAGAUUUUUUAGUACAAAUGGAUAAUUGCACUAGUUCCAAAGAAUUAUCUUCUGAACUAUCUUUUCAAGAGUUUGAAAAAGCUUUCAAAACUCUUCAAAAAAAUAAAGCAUCCGAAGCCGAUGACAUAAACGGCAAUAUAGUCAUAGAAUGUCUUGAAUACUUAAAAGAUAUCCUAUAUAAAGUCUAUGGAACAUCUAUACGCCAAGGAGUUUUUCCUGAAGAACUGAAAAUUGCUAAAGUUGCUCCAAUUUUAAAAGAAGGUGAUCAAAAAAAUACCAAUAAUUAUCGUCCUAUCUCUGUCCUCUCAACAUUUUCAAAAUACUAG